CGAUUAUUUUUCACUCAUGUCCAAGUCAUAUAUUUCAGAAUAAACUGCUUUAAAUAACUAAAAGCAGUAACAGCAACAACAACAAACACUUCAGAAAGAAAAUGCGCAAUUCGUAUAAUUUCCCCAAAGGCCACGUCAAUCUAUUCAAUAAAAAUAUCGCGAAGAGCCGUGAGCCUCUAGCCCAAGGCCAAGGGGUCAGUGUCACCUCGCGCACCGCCUCGCACCGCCGCAGUCGGUUGGCAACCCUGCUCGCGCAGAAAAAUAAUAACAAACACUCAACCAACACAGAACACACGUGUAUUUAUUUUGAUCCGGUUUGCUGCAUUAAUUUCUGAUUUGUUUCUGCUUCCUGCUGCAACCCGGCAGUCAUGAAAAGCGCCGAGAGCCACAAAGUCCUGUCCAGCGACCAUCUAGACAACUGUCCUCGAUGUCCGCAUGGGCCGAUGUUAUUGUUUGAGAAGACCGCGGGAUGCAAAACGAGCAGAUUUUUCGCGUGUGCCGCCUUCAGGUCGAGGAAGGAGUGCCAGUUUUUCGUGUCGGUGUCGACAGACCAAGACCAGGUCGUGGAAAAGGAGAAAAUCGAGAAAUUGGCUGAUAGGUGCAAGAGUCUUGUGACUGUCUCGUUCUGGGAAAAAUAUCAAAAAUCAAGAAUGCUGAAGGAACGAAAAGAGAAUAUUUUUUGUCACUCGUGCACCAGUUUUAUCUGUGAUAAAUCUGAAAUAAAUUGUGAGCACAAGGGUCACAAAAUCGAGACACAGGUUAAAAAAGAUAUAAUUCGGCGUCCUACAAAGCUGUUGAAGUCUAUGAAAGAGACCACGAAGGAGGCACAGUUCUUCUUUUCGGAGCAGACCUGCAAUUUUAUUACCUCAACUUUGGACAGGCUCAGUGUGAAAUCUGUCAUCUCUAUUGGCACCCCAUCACUGAUAGAAAGGCUCAAAAUCAACUACUACCUUCUGGAUUUUGACUGGAGAUAUGGUGUGUUUUACGGAAGCAACUUCAGUUGGUACAACAUGUUCAACCACCACUUCAUGGAGACGGUGGAGGAUCCUGAUGGGUCCAGAAGCAAGACUAGAUUUAAGAGUUUCCUAAAAACCUUGCCGACCGAGGAGACUGUGGCGAUUCUGCUUGACCCGCCGUUCGGAGGCAGAGUCGAGCCCAUCGCCGGCACUUUGAAGAAGCUGGUCACCGAAAUUAGAGAGACGGGCUGCGUCGGCGACGUGCUGUUCUUCUGGGUGUUCCCUUAUUUUAUGGAAGCCUACAUUUCUCAUGCGCUGCCAGGAACUGCGAUGCUCGACUACCGAAUUGACUACUCUGACCACAAAAUGUUUAAUUCGGAUAGUAGGAGAGGAAGGAAAACUGGUUCUCCAGUUAGAAUUUUCACCAAUGCCCCGUUGAAUCUGAUUGUCCAUCCCGAAGAUGAGGGCUACAAUUUUUGUUCCAAGUGCUCGAGGUUUGUUCACAAGGACAAUGUUCACUGCAACCUUUGUGGAAGCUGCCCGUCAAAGGCUGGUGGAACGUACAAACACUGCAGCACGUGCCAAAGAUGUGUGAAACCUAGGUGGAUCCACUGUGGGAGCUGCGGUAAAUGCGUAGCUCAGCCCCAUGAGUGCAGCAACAAGAAGAGAAAGCUGGUGGACACCCCUAAUUUUCCACGGAAGCUCAAAAAAGGUCAGGAUUAGUUCUAAAAUAAAUAAUUAAUUAAUGU